AAUGGGAGCACCCACUUCUUAUUCUUUUAAUCAUUCUUCAUCAAGAUUAUAAGUUAGAAAAGUUUCAAUCUACAAAUAAUAAUUUAACCUGGACUCAUAUAGUGAAGAUCCUUAUGACUAUGAAACUUUUUUUACAAUUUAAUGGUAAUUUAAUGAACUAUUGGGAUUCAACAGCUGGUAUUGGACCAGAAUUGGCAAAAGUUGCAAUACAUAUUCAUGGAGUUUGUGUAAACUCUGCAUCUGUUGAAAGAUCCAAAAUUCAACAUUUACAUAUGCCAAUUGUUGAGAAAGAUUUGAAUAGUUCUUCACAAGUUAAUAUUAUUAAGACAGAUGAAAAUAUUGAUAAUGAAGAUGAUUUAUUUUUAAAUGAAUUUGAUGAAUCUUAUUCUGAAAAACAAAUACAAAAGUGGAAUAUAUUUAUAGAAGAAUGGAUUCGAACUAUUGAAUAUGAAAACAAAUGUGAUGAUUCUAAUGAUGAAAUAUUUUUAACUGAUGAAAUGGAUAAUGAUUUUAAUUUUGGCGGAAAAUUUAUACAUCCUGCUGAUGAUCAAAUGACAAAAUAG